CGGGAGAGGAAGCGAGACACCCCACUUGUGCUGUUUUGUGUUUGUCUGUGUUUUGGUUUCGGUUUUGUUUCAAUGGGGCCCAGUGAACUAGUAUUGCAUUGGCGUCUAUGGGAGACACACCCAGUUAAGUUGACCGGAACUGAACAUUUAUUUUCAACGGUAAAUGGCCUGGGUGAUCUUAAUUUAUCCAUCAUCUUUGAUGGGGAGAAGUCAACAAGGAUCCCAGUAACGUUAAUUUUCAUUUAGAAAAUGGCAAAAUGGUCUGUCGCAGAAUAAAUUUCAGAGCAACUUGGAACAAAUACCUGGAUUUCUAGUAUUGUAUUUUCACAUAGGAAAGUUGGGGGUCUAUGAGGAGGGAUGCCUGUCGAAAGUGGAAGCAGUGCAUCCUCCCGCCAGGCCAAGCAGAAGCGCAAGUCCCACAGCCUGUCCAUCCGUCGGACCAACAGCACCGAGCAGGAGCGCACAGGUUUACAGAGGGAGAUGUUGGAGGGACAGGAUUCCAAACUACCAUUGUCUUUGAGGAGCAAUCUUUUGGACCUCUUUGGCCAGAUUGAGAGGGAGUUUGAAAACCUCUACAUUGAAAACAUUGAGUUGCGUAGAGAGAUUGAAACCUUGAACGAUCGUUUAACAGCUGAAGGACAAACCAUCGACGGGGGAGACUUGACUAAGGGGGCACUUAAAGCGAAAGCAAGUCAUAGCACAAGUCAACUUUCUCAAAAACUGAAGACAACUUAUAAGGCAUCUACAAGCAAGAUCGUCUCCAGUUUUAAAGCCACCACAUCCAGAGCCGUGUGCCAGCUGGUCAAGGAGUAUGUAGGCCACAGGGAUGGCAUAUGGGACCUGAGUGUCACCAGGACACAGCCCGUGGUGCUGGGCACAGCGUCAGCAGAUCACAGUGCUAUGCUAUGGAGCAUCGAGACUGGGAAAUGCCUCCUGAAGUAUCUAGGUCAUGCAGGAUCAGUUAACUCUAUCAAGUUCCAUCCCACGGAACAGAUGGCUCUUACAGCGUCUGGUGACCAGACAGCCCAUAUCUGGAGGUACACGGUGCAGUUGCCCACCCCACAGCCUGUAGCCGACAUCAGUCAGACGCCCUGUGACGACGACAUAGACUUCUCAGAUAAGGACGAGGCUGACGGGGACGGUGACGGCCCUAACGAGUGUCCCUCCAUCCGCGUCUCUUCCACUACCCUCAGGAGCCACCAGGGGGUGGUCAUUGCUGCAGACUGGCUGGUGGGGGGCAAGCAGGUGGUCACAGCCUCUUGGGACCGGGCUGCCAACCUGUACGACGUGGAGACCUCCGAGCUCGUCCACUCACUCACUGGCCACGACCAGGAGCUGACCCACUGCUGCACCCACCCCACCCAGCGUCUGGUGGUCACCUCUUCCAGAGACACCACCUUCCGCCUGUGGGACUUCAGAGACCCCUCCAUCCACUCUGUCAAUGUGUUCCAGGGACACACUGACACGGUGACGUCAGCUGUGUUCACUGUGGGGGACAACGUGGUGUCCGGGAGUGACGACCGCACCGUCAAGGUCUGGGACCUCAAGAACAUGAGGUCACCCAUAGCUACCAUCCGCACAGACUCUGCCGUCAAUAGGAUAAGUGUGUCAGUGAACCAAAGAAUCAUUGCUCUUCCUCACGACAAUCGUCAAGUCCGGCUGUUUGACAUGUCAGGAGUGCGGCUGGCUCGACUCCCACGUAGCAACAGACAGGGCCACCGGCGCAUGGUGUGCUGCUCAGCCUGGUGUGAGGAUAACUCUUCUUGUAACCUGUUCAGCUGUGGCUUCGACCGGCAGGCCAUCGGAUGGAACAUCAACAUACCUGCGCUGCUGCAGGAGAAGUGAGCCCAGCCAGGACAGAUUUAAAAACAGGUCCAGAGUCAGCUCUGAGCCACCCGCCUGGCUAAUUGAGCCCAUCUUAAGAGCUGAUCCCUGGUCAGAUCAGUCACACACCCUGACCCUCAGGCAGGGAGGGGAGAAGAUUGAUCGAGGACCCCCACCCCGACCGCUCUCUCUUUGUGUCAAGUCCUAUAUUCUUUUGACACUCCAAAUGUGGUCACAGUCUGGUCUACAUGGUCUGAAUAUACAUACCAUAAUACAUACAUGUGUGACAGUGUGUGUGUGGUUGAUUUCAAUCUUGCCCAUGUACAGAAAAUGUGAAGGACUACUCUCUGCUUUGUUGUUGGGCUUGUUUUGAUCCGUUUAUUCAUCAAAUUGCUGCUGAAGAUAAAGAGCACAGUGUCAAACAGGAGGUAUGGGGGUGGUAGGUAAAUGUAGUGUGCCUAAUUUUCAGUUCAGAGCAAGUCUGUCCCACGUAGAUGGUGUAGCCUUAGAAUAUGAUGAUGAUGAUCAGCAUUUCAUGGAGACUUGUGUUCUGAAAUUCCACACAUCUGCUUUCUACCUAUCUAACCUGCUCAGAUGUACAGCAAGCCAAGCUAUAUAGCUGUCAUUUUGGCAGAGCCACACCUUGAAGAAGUCUACAGGUCCAUGACAGUCUACUGCUGAUUAACUGAGCUCUGCUUCGUACAAUACAAUGAGGCUACAGUACAGUGAGUUCUUGUGGCUCUGUCAUGCACCUUUUAAAACCAAUAUCUGUUACAGUUUAUUUUGUUGUGUAACACUUUUCAGCCAAAAUCUCAUUUCAGCUUUUGUACAGAAUGUUAAGAAGCCUACUCCGACACGUUAUGUUGUACCAUUGGAAUAACCUGUGUAAACAAUCCAUGUUUUGGGGGUGGAGGUUGAUCGUCUUCACCAUUUCAAUAGGCACUUCAUUUGUGUGUAAUAUUCAUAAAUGAGUCUUAGAAAGUAAGACGUUCUGAAAUUGCUGUUUAGAUAUAGAGUUUACAAGCAAUAUUAAUUGGUAAAGUGUAUCUUUAAAAUAUUUUAGCAGUGCCAUUAGUCAGUAUUGAAAACCUGUUACAGGGAUACAUAGACCAGUCCUAGUUGUACUUGCGUAAGUGGAAUCUCAUUAAGAGCAUUCAAAUGCAAUGGCUGUAACAUGCUUGUGUGGUCAGUGAUCAUGGUGUUAAUGUCUACUUCCAAAACAACAAACUUCAUAGAAAACUAAAAGAAGAGAUUGUUGUGAUGUGUUUGGGUGGGGGGAUAGUGUGAUGUCACAAAGUACCUGAGUCUGUUUUUGUUUUUAGAUGAAGAGAGGCGAUGUCGGCCUCUAAAACAUUUGGGACGUAAUUGUCUGCAGGAGUCACUUGGCAGGCAGCACAGUUGACUAAAUUCCUGCUGAAGAGCAGACGAAUGCCUAAAAAGGAUCUAUGUAUCUCAGUACAUGAGACCAGAUAGUUUUAUUGCAGGAGUAAAGGCUUCUGUAGAGACUUUUAGAUAUACUUUGUGUUUUGCCAAUGUAUAACAAAAUGAUGCUCAUUAAUAUUGAUACAGUAACAGCCACAUUGAACAUCUUAUAUCCCAUAUUGAAUAGUUAUUGUGACAAGUCUAAAAAAGCCAUGAAGCCAAGUGUAGAAGAAGCCCACGGAGCAUAACUUUCCUUUCACAAUAAAUUUCACAUCUGGUGCAAAUUAAAUGUAAUAUAUUCCGAUAUAUUCAAAGUGGCCCAUUUGGCUUAAUGAUGUCUUACUGCUGCAGAUUUUAUAAACCUUUUUAAUGUUAUGAGGUGCUCUUUUCAUUUCUACUAGUUCUUCAUCCUAUGCAGUUAAAUCAGUUGGAUCUCUUAGGUUUCAUUGACUGAAGUAUUGUUGCUUUAAUCUAUAGGGGUUUGCAUAAAUCUCAAAUACUGAUUUAGUUGUAAUUCUCACGUAUCAUUUACAUCCGGGAUGUCUUAGAGGGCGACGGUUAGCCUGCUCCCAGAUCUGUUUGUGCUCGAGCCAACUCCAUUGGUCUUUAUCAAACCAAACAAUAUGACAGUGGGUGGAUUCCAUUAUGCUGAGCCGUGGGGUACCGGUCUAUGGCCCAUGGCGUGAAAGGGCAAAAGCGGUGGGGGAGGAGCACCCUUCUCAAAUCAAACAGUAAUCUGUGCCACUUGGUCAUGUCAACAUCUCUUUUCUAUAAAAUGUUAGAAUUUUCAGACUAGUUUUCAUUGGAAAGGCUGAUUUAAAAUAAAAAAAAAAGCGUUUGUUUUUGAUAAUCACUUUUGCAUGUGAAAACAGAAUCCAACUCAUCACUCCACGUGCUUCGUUACGUCACUUUUGUUUUGAGCCGACUUCGCCUUGGGCUUUGAACGCGGCACCUGGCCCCAAAACGAAUGCAAUCAACUUUCACCCGGUGCAAAACACGUCUACCAGGGCGCCCGGGCCAGAUGAAUCAAAUCUCCUCAAUGAGUGACAAGGAGUUGGCAUGAUGGCACAAACAGACUGGCACUCAAGCUAGCUACUGCAUAUUUUGUUGUGCAGUCCUAUGCAUGAUGUAGUACUAGAUGCAUUUAUUCAGUGAUUAUAGUAGGCUGUUAAAUGGGUUGGUAAAAUAAGAGGUGCCUCUUGGACCGUAGCCGUCCAGGACUGUCAUCAUCCCUGAUUGAAGUGAAACAGAUUUGUUUGAAUGGCUUAAAUAUCAAACGUGUGGCCUCACUGGGCUGUGAAUGUGUCAUUUUAGAAUGGUUUUCCAGUAUUUUCUUAUUUGCAGACAGUCUAUCUACAGAGCUGGAUUUGAUUGCACCUGAACUCAAGCCACAUCCCAGAUCUGUUUGUGUUCUUGCCAACUCCACUGCUCGUUUGGCAUUUGUUACAAUGAGUUUGCAUGAUGGCACAGACUGGCACUCCGGCUACCUGAACUCCUUAAUCACACAUUCUGAGCCACCAUGUUUAGCUAAUUGACCAUGUUUAGCAUCAACUUUAAUAGUUUUGUUAUUAUUUGAUUAUUUACAUUUCAGUCUCAUGGUUUUCUCCCUCAUAAUGUAAAUCUGGUCCUGUGGUCCUGCUCUUUUGUGUUCCAAAGGGCACACUAUUCCCUUUACAGUGCACUACUUUUGACAUGAGCCCUAUGGGGCCUGGUCAGAAAUAUUGCACUACGAAAGAAGUAAUGUGCCAUUUGGGACGUAUCCCUCAUUACAUCACAAAUUUAGCAACAGAAAUCAACUGUGCAAUAGCUUUAGUAAAAAUGUGUUAGUUUUUUUACCUAGCUAAUAAUAUUGUAAGUACAUAAAACUCAACAUUAAACAGUUUUUGCUGACAGUGGUGUUGUGAGAGAGAUGUAUAAGGAACAACAGCUUGUGAAAUAAAAUGUUGUACCAUUUUAUUCCCUCA